CGCUUUUCGGGGGUUCAAAGGGAUAUUUUAAAGAAAUAUGUCGGAUUACUUAAGAUCUGCUCUUGGAUACUUGAACGGAGCCACAAAUACGAACGAAUACGUUGGACAAGUACUAGAAAUCAACAAUGUGAAAUUACGUGUGAACAGGCUACUUGCCGAGGGUGGCUGGGCAUUAGUAUUCGCGGUGGAAGAUGUUAAUACAGGAAAGGAAUACGCUCUUAAGAGACUCAUCGCUGUGGAUGAAGAGGCUAACAAAAGUAUCGUACAAGAAAUAGAAACUUUGAAAAGGCUAUCCGGUCAUCCGAAUGUAAUUCAGUAUCUGUACGCACAGCGGUUGGAGCGGGAGGACCGCAAAGGAUACGAGUAUUUAUUAGUAACCGAAUUAUGUCCUGGUGGGACGGUAGCUGAUAUACUUAGGAGUUUAUCAACGAAUACCUUAACUCUUGCCCAAAUAUGUAAAGUAGCCUAUCAGGCGACCAGAGCUGUGCAUCACAUGCACAGCCAACAGCCUGAACCGUUCGUUCAUAGGGAUAUAAAGCUAGAAAAUUUCUUAAUCGGUACCGAUGGUUUAGUGAAACUCUGCGAUUUCGGUAGCACGUCGACCCAGCAGAUUUUACCGAAUCCAUCGUGGAACGCUCAGAGGCGAGCCACGUUAGAGGAUCAAAUGGCAAAGUACACAACGCCCAUGUAUCGUGCACCGGAAAUGAUGGAUACAUGGAACAACGAGCCAAUCGGUCCACCGGUUGACUGUUGGUCACUCGGUUGUAUACUCUAUUCCUUAAUAACGUUGAGGCAUCCGUUUCCCGAAGGUAAUAAACUUGCUAUCGUUAACGGCAAGUAUUCACCGCUUCCUGCUAAUCCUCGUCUAGCCUGUCUCCAUGACAUAGUGAAAGGUUGUUUAGAUGUAUCGCCUGUACGAAGGCUGACGACAUCGAUGAUACUGGAACGUCUCGCGGCGAUAGCAGAGUCGAACAACUUUGAUCCCAGAGAACCCCCGAAGAUAGAAGUUCCAGCAAAGACACCGCCACCUCCUAGACCCGUACCGCCGCCCAGUACGCCUGCUCCUCCACCGAGGCCGUCACCGCCGGUGAACGUGCCACCACCUAGGCCUGCGCCGGUUCAAACCGCCGUCGCCAAGGUCCCUGUAGCUCAAUCGACUGGCCUAUUUAGUUCGUUAAAAGGCGGUGCUGGUAGUAUUCUACGCAACUUAAAAGAUACCUCGAGCAAAGUGAUGCACACGGUGCAACAAAGCAUGGCCAGGACUGAACUGGACGCAAGUUACUUAACGUCUCGUAUAUUAAUAAUGCCGUAUCCAGCGGACGGUAUCGAGUCCGCCUAUCGAGCAAAUCACGUGGAGGACGUCAGGGCUUUCCUUCAGGCACGACAUCCGCCACCGGCUCGCAUACAGUUGUACAAUCUGUCCCGGGGACGACCGAACGUAACCAGACUUCCUGGUAGGCACAUCGAUUGUUCCUUCGCCUAUGCCACGUCGGAUUCGCACGCCCCGCUGUUGUCCGCGUUGUACCAAAUUUGUCAGGAUAUUUAUCGGUACCUGAACGCGGACUUCAAUCACGUUGUAGUGUUAUAUUGCACCGAUGGAUACCGAGCGAGUGCCACGGUUGCCUGUACUUUACUCAUCUAUGCCAGAGCGUUGACGACCCCCGAAGAGACGAUAUCGUUGUUCACGACCAGGCGUUGUCAACCGCCACAGCUGCAGCCAUCGGAACUACGCAGUAUUAAUUACAUGAGCUUAUUAAGUAGCGGUGUACAGCCACACACGAAACCGUUAGCCCUUCGCUCGUUGAUGAUACAACCGGUGCCGUUGUUCACCAGAGCGAAGGAUGGUUCCAGGCCGUACAUAGAUAUCUACAGCAACGGUGCGUUAGUCUUCUCUACGAAGCGGCCCGAGUACGAGGAUAUGCGGCUGUUCGGGAUGAUGGAAGGGAAAGUUUCAUUGGCGCUGGGAAACGCUACGGUCCGCGGCGACGUAACCGUUGUAAUAUUCCACGCCCGACAGCAGCUCGGUCGUAUAAUAGGAAUUAAAAUCGCGUCCGUUCACUUUCACACGGGUUACAUACCUUUGACUGAGAACACUUUAACGUUUAAGAAGAAGGAUCUGGACGACGCUCCUGAAAUCGGAGGGAAGUUCCACGUUCUUCUGAAUAUUAUGGUCGCCGAGGAAAAUUCGAAACUGGCCAGAGUACCGGCACCAUGGGAGGCAGAAGUGACCACUAGUUUGAUACCGGACGCGCUCUUCGGGUCCACUUUAGAAAUGGAAGAAACGUUAGAAAACUUUAGAACUGCUCAACCGGAGGAGAUUCCUAAAGAAGUGUCGGCUACGCCGUUAGCCGAUGAGCCGAGCAACGUUAGCGUGCAAGAAGAGGAAGCCGAACCGAUUGAAAAUGUAGAGGAAGAAAUGAAGGAAGAGGCUGUACCGCUAGAAGCCGAUCUACUGAAUCUAGGAAUGCCGGAUACCAGUACCUUAAAUUCUCCACAGCCUCCAGUGAACCCUGGAUUAGAUAUAUUUUCUAGCUCUAGUCAAAACGAAAGUGAUCUCUUAGGAGGUUUUGGUGUUUUUCCUCAGGAAGAAACGAAAAGCACCGUGCCGAAGAUUAGCGAUCCUGCCCAGAAUGAUUUACUCUUUGGACACGAUCAGCCUACGAAAAAUGAUAAUACUAACAAUAACUUAAACAUGUUCUUCGAACAGAAUCAAUCCAAUAGCAAACAGCAAGUGAACGAUUUAUUAUUCGAUCCUCUCGGAGGAACAUCAGCGAACAAUUUCCUAGGUGGUAUGCCAAGCUCUAAAUCGAGUACCGUGAAAUCUUCGACCACCGAGGAGAGCUUUCCGCGUAACUCGAGCGUUCCAAACUUUGCAGCGCAGAGCAAGGACCCGUUCGCUAAUCUUGCCAGUUCUUUGGGGGCCGGUUUAACGUCCAGUUGGAACGGAACGCCGAGGAACUCGAAUACUCCCCAAUCGGCUAGCCCCGCCCCGGCUAGUACGCCGAUUCAUUCCAGUCCUAAUACGCACAGGUCGAACGUAGCCAGUGGUGAGAACAAUAUGGCGGAUACCGGUGCUUCUAGCAAUAAAUCAACCAAAGGCGAUGCCUUCGAGGAUUUACUCGGUAGUCAAGGAUACAACUUCUUUAGUUCAAGGAAAGCGGAGAAAGACAGUCCGAAGACGAUAAAUCAAAUGAGAAAAGUCGAGGCUGCUAAGACAAUGGAUCCAGAUAGGUUGAAGAUUGCCGAGUGGACGGAAGGGAAAAAGGGGAAUCUACGCGCUCUUCUUUGCUCGAUGCAUACUGUUUUGUGGCCGGAGGCGGACAGGUGGCAACGAUGCGAGAUGCAUCAAUUAGUUUCAGCUGCGGAUGUUAAGAAAGCGUAUAGAAAAGCUUGCUUGGCUGUGCAUCCGGACAAGCAAGCAGGGACGGCCAAUGAGAAUAUAGCAAAAUUGAUUUUUAUGGAACUGAACAAUGCAUGGAGUACAUUUGAGAACGAUGCAUCGCAACAAAACUUAUUUAGUUAAUUCCAAUUGCUGUUACUUGUUGCUGAAAAAAAAAAAAAAAAAUUUGAAAUUUAUGUCCAUGAUUAAAGGUAGUUCCUAGCGGAAAAGAGACCCGAAAAUAUUAUUUUAAUGUAAGAUAACUCCGUGUUACACAUUCCAGCUAUGUUAUCUUAGCUGUAGCGACAAAAAUCUAACGGAUUCGAUAGCGAAAGGGCAGUGUUUGAAGUUGCAUUUGUGAUGGCUACCUGUGUAUAUGCAUCUUUAUCAUAUAAAAACCUUGUAAGAUCACUUACUGUAUUAAGCGUACUGCGGCAUAACGUAUAUAUGUAUAUAAGGCAAAAUGUAAAUUAAGGAAGAUUCCAAAUAUAUAAAGAUAUUUUCCGG